CACACAUUUGGAAGACCAUCACCAGUUCUGGGCAUAUAACUUUCCUUCGUAGUAUCGGAUCCAUAGAGUAGCCAUGUCUUUCAAUUUCUCCGCCUUUACCAAGGACCUCAAGUCUCUCGGAGACAAGGUCACCAGCGAGUUCAACAAUGAGCUCUUGCCCUUUGCCCAGAGAACAUCGCGGAUGGUCCAGGAGCGCAUUGGGAAGGUCAACGUUGAUGACAUUUCGCAAUUGCCCAGUGAAUAUACUGAAUUGGCCGCGCAAUGCAACAACAUCGAGCGUUUGUACAAGAACGUAUUGAAGAUCACCGGCACGUAUGAGACCGAAGGGUAUGAUUACCCCACCAACGUUCAGGAGCUGUUCACGGAGUUUGGUCAGAACUUGACCAGCCGUGUGCAAAGCUUGUCACGGGCCACCACUCCCGCCGAGGCCCAGGCCGCCUUGUUGAGCGGGACUGCCCUUGGUGGUAGUGGAAGUGCUGGUGCUGGUGGCGAGUUCAAGCCACCCAAGACGUUCUACCAUGCGUUGGCCCGUGCCACCGAUGGGUCUGUGUUGGACGCUCAAGCGUCUCAAAGAGACGACCCCUUGGUCAAGUGUCUUGACCAGUACCUGUCGACAAUCACCAAGAUCGCCAACGCGCGUCUUGGCCAGGACCAGCUCGUUGCCACCAAGUUCAACAAGCCAUUGACCACGACACUCAGACUGUUGAUCCUGCAAAGCAACCUGAUCCAGAAGAAGGUUGAUGCCAAGAGGCUCGACUACGACUUGGCCAGACUCAACUUGGCCAACUGUCUGUCGCCCGCCAAGGAGCCACAGCUCCGCGUGGUGAUGGAGGCCGCCGAGGACGACUUUGCCAACACCGUCGAGGACGCCAUCAACAUCAUGCAGAACGUGUUGGACAACGCAAAGCCGUUGGAGGAGUUCUUGGAGUUGGUCAAGGCGCAGUUGGCGUACCACAAGUUGGCAGCCGAGUUGUUGGGCGGCUUGGCCAGCGACUUCGAGGCCUUGGUCGAGGACAAGGCCAAGAAGGACGGCAGUGCCAGCAGUGCACGUGAGAGUGGCGAUUUUGACAUCUAAGGAGCGUGGGGGUCCGGGUCCGGGCCCGUCGAGGGGGCAGUCCUCUCGCCUGUCGUCUGGUUACGGUCCUUGACCAGCGGAGCCACUGGUCCCCCUCCAGGGGACGCGAGACUCGGGCUGGACCAGGGAGAGAUCGGCGUGGGUACCGCCACACAUUGGGCAAGCAGGUGGGGGGGACGCAGACUCGCCAAUGCCAUGGUUUGUUUUAUAGUUGUAAUUUAUGAAAACGUUAG